CUCGUUAUAGACAAGGGAGGCAUAUAAUAGAGACCUCUCCGGUCCUCCUGCUUUCUCAUGUGCGUGCCGCCAAAAGAACCGUAACGUCGGAAGAUAAAGAGUACAAGCCAACAUGCCCACACUCACUGCAUGGCCGGAAUGGCCUGAGUUUGCCUCAUCAGACGUUCGACCUGAAGACGAAGAGGAAUUCAAGGAGUAUAAAAGACAGAUAGUAGAUGAAUAUGGGGAAGAAAACAUUCGCAAGGCGUGGCUCAAGACCUGCGAUGACCUCAAAGCAAUCACUGCUAUAUUAUCAGAGAAGGGCUCUUCAGUCAUUCCGGUAUUAGACUUCGAUGAUCUGCAGGACUUGAGCGAGGAGAAGGUGAAAGAACUGAAGAAAGUCGGCUGCUUCGUGAUCAGGAACGUUAUACCCGCCGCAGAGGCUACAGCCCAGUUUGAGAAUCUGAAGCAAUAUGUUUCCGAGAACAGGGAUUCAUUGAAAGCAUGGCCUGCGAAUAACCCAUCAGUAUACCGACUCUUCUGGUCUCCGACGCAACAAGCUCUGCGAGCACAUCCAAACCAGUUACUCGUUCAACGCAUCCUCAAUGGUUUCUGGCAUGAUGCAUCGCAGACAACGUCUCCGGAUCCGCUAACGUACGCGGAUGCUGUGCGAAUCCGCCCCCCAGGGAAGCCUUUCUAUGGACUCGGUCCGCAUAUCGACGCGGGAAGUCUCUGUCGCUGGGCAGACGCCGGAUAUCGAAAGGUCUACGACUCGAUAUUCUCUGGCUUCCCGGAAAGAUUCGACGCUUAUGACCUUUCAACCAGAAAAGACGCGGACCAAGCAGCCUUCGAAGGCUCUGCUCACUCCUCAGUCUUCAGAGCCUUUCAGGGAUGGACUGCAUUGACAGGGACCAGACCCAGAGAAGGCAGCCUCCUGCUAUAUCCAUAUGUAGGCACCGUCAUAGCAUAUCUGCUACUUCGUCCAUUCUUCACACCUCCACAAGAAGACGUGAUGGAUGCGUCCAAAUGGUCCUUCAACCCGGACAAUGCUUGGUUUCCUGGCACCCGCAAGGAGAGCAGCCAAUAUCUCAGCCGAACAUCACACCCUCAUCUCCGCCUUGAAGACUGCCUCGUUCACAUCCCAGAAAUGCGUCCUGGAGACACUGUUUGGUGGCAUUGUGAUAUGUGCCAUGCAGUUGAAGUUGAACAUGCUGGCAAGCACGAUGCGAGCGUGGCGUAUAUUGCAGCAACUCCGACGACACCUGUCAAUGUUCGGUAUAUAAAGUCCCAGGCUGAAAACUUCCUUGCAGGCUUGCCUCCGGGGGACUUCCCAGGUGGAAUCAAUGAGACGAAGUUGAAAGGGUACUUGGGAGAAAGCGGGAUUCCGAAUCGCGAAACUGGUCGGCGUGCGAUGGGCUUUGGUCUGCUAGAGUUAGCUGACGCUCCUGCUGUUGCCUGAUAUGAUGGAGUAUACACGAUAGCGUAGGUUAUGCACUGAUCUAGGGCAUACAUUCUUCCAAACUGAAGGAAUGUCGUCCAUAAUAAGUGCCUACACUGAUGUGCCACAAUCAUGUUAUACAAGCGUUUUAUUUGCCAAUGACGUGUCUUCUAGUUCAUAUGAAUAUUUCUAUAUAGUGCACUAGAUCCUAAUUAGGUAGGCAGGUGAAAAAGGCUCCCUGUCCCUAGCAUAUAAAAUUCAAAAAGAAAUGUCCAGGAAGGAGACACUGGGCCUAUUUCAAUAUGUUUGUAUACGAAUCAAAUAAGUACUGGUAAAUUGGACCUAGAAUGGAGUAGCUAGAACCUUCGACGUGGCACGGG